AUGUUGAACAGGGUCCAAAAACUUUUUUUUAGUACUGCAAAAAAUAGCAAUUUGUAUUUAACUAUAUCUUCGUCAAGCGAAUCUAUAUUUAGAAACCAAGUCAUCAAGAGGGCUUCAGUCCCCGGAAUUGAAGGAUAUUUCACUAUAACAAAUAACCACAGUCCUUUAGUUACGUUAUUAAGAAAUGGAGUAAUUACUGUCGAGUUUGAUGAAAAGGAAAAAAAACAAUUUUUUAUUUCUGAUGGAAUAUUUAUAUAUAAAAAAAGUAAUGACAAUAGCAACAAUAAUAAUGCUGAAAUUGUAGGUAUCGAAAUUGUUCCAUUAGAAUACCUAGACAAAAACAAAACCGUUAAGGUCUUACAACAAAUGUGCGCAAUAAAUGACACAACUGAUGAUAAAUGGAGAAAAAUCAAAACUAUGAUGGGGAAGGAGUUAUGCUCCUCAAUUAUUCGAAACGCACCAUGA